AUGGCUUGCUACAUAUGGCCCAAGAAGUUUUCAGGACAUAGAGGACAAGUGUGGAGUGAAAGGUAUGGAUUUUCCCAGGAUGAGAAACCCAGCACUGCCCGGGGGAGGCGGCAGGGGGCGCCCGGCGGGCUCCACCAGUGCCUGCUGCGGGCCUGCGAGGCUGAGGGCGCCCACCUCACCUCCGUACCCUUCGGGGAGCUCGACUUCGGGGAGACGGCCGUGCUCGACGCCUUCUACGACGCAGAUGUUGCUGUGGUGGACAUGAGCGAUAUCUCCAGACAGCCUUCACUCUUCUACCAUCUUGGAGUCCGUGAAAGCUUUGACAUGGCCAAUAACGUGAUCCUGUACCACGACACCGAUGCUGACACUGCUCUUUCUUUGAAGGAUAUGGUAACUCAAAAAAACACAGCAUCCAGUGGAAAUUAUUAUUUCAUCCCAUACAUCGUGACACCAUGCGCUGAUUAUUUUUGCUGUGAGAGUGAUGCCCAGCGGCGUGCCUCAGAGUACAUGCAGCCCAACUGGGACACCCUCCUGGGUCCACUGUGUGUGCCUCUGGUGGACAGGUUUACUAGCCUCCUCAAGGACAUCCAUGUGACCUCAUGUGCUUAUUACAAAGAAACCUUGUUAAAUGACAUCCGGAGAGCCAGAGAAAAAUACCAGGGUGAUGAACUGGCCAAGGAGCUGGCUCGGAUCAAACUCCGCAUGGAUAACACUGAGGUUCUGACCUCAGACAUCGUCAUUAAUUUACUGCUAUCCUAUCGCGAUAUCCAGGACUAUGAUGCAAUGGUGAAGCUGGUAGAAACACUGGAGAUGCUGCCUACGUGUGAUCUGGCUGACCAGCAUAACAUUAAAUUCCACUAUGCGUUUGCACUGAAUAGGAGAAACAGCGCAGGUGAUCGUGAGAAGGCCCUGCAGGUCAUGCUCCAGGUUCUGCAGAGCUGUGACCACCCGGCCCCUGACAUGUUCUGCCUCUGUGGGAGGAUCUACAAGGACAUCUUCUUAGAUUCGGACUGCAAAGAUGAUGCCAGCAGAGACAGUGCCAUCGAAUGGUAUCGCAAAGGGUUUGCCCUCCAGCCAUCCCUUUAUUCAGGAAUCAAUCUUGCAGUAUUGCUGAUAGUUGCUGGACAACAAUUUGAAACUUCCAUGGAGCUGAGGAAAAUAGGUGUCCGGCUGAACAGUUUGUUGGGAAGAAAAGGGAGCUUGGAGAAAAUGAACAACUACUGGGAUGUAGGUCAGUUCUUCAGUGUCAGCAUGUUGGCCAAUGAUGUUGGGAAGGCUGUCCAGGCAGCAGAGAGGUUGUUCAGACUGAAACCUGCCAUCUGGUACCUGCGGUCAUUAGUUCAGAACUUGUUGUUAAUUCAGCGUUUCAAGAAACCCAUUAUUGAACAUUCACCCAGGCAAGAACGGCUGAACUUCUGGCUAGAUAUAAUUUUUGAGGCAACAAAUGAAGUUACUAAUGGACUCAGAUUUCCAGUUUUGGUGAUAGAACCAACCAAAGUCUACCAGCCAUCGUAUGUCUCCAUAAACAGUGAAGCUGAGGAGAGGACCGUUUCUCUGUGGCAUGUCUCACCCACAGAAAUGAAACAAAUUCAUGAAUGGAAUUUUACAGCUUCUUCCAUUAGAGGAAUAAGCAUAUCCAAGUUUGAUGAACGGUGUUGUUUUCUUUACGUCCAUGAUAAUUCUGAUGACUUUCAAAUCUACUUUUCCACUGAAAACCAGUGCAGUAGGUUUUGCUCUUUGGUCAAAGAGAUGAUAACCAAUGGAGUGGGCAGCACAGUGGAGCUGGAGGGAGAGACUGAUGGGGAUACCUUAGAGUAUGAGUAUGACCAUGAUGUGAAAGGUGAGAGAGUGGUGCUGGGGAAGGGCACGUAUGGAGUCGUGUACGCUGGCAGAGAUCUGAGCAAUCAAGUGCGAAUAGCCAUCAAAGAAAUUCCAGAGAGAGAUAGCAGGUACUCCCAGCCUCUGCACGAGGAGAUUGCCCUGCACAAGUACCUCAAGCACCGCAACAUCGUUCAGUACCUAGGCUCCGUGUCCGAGGACGGCUACAUCAAGAUAUUUAUGGAGCAGGUGCCUGGGGGAAGCCUUUCAGCUCUUCUGCGAUCAAAGUGGGGGCCGAUGAAGGAGCCCACCAUCAAAUUCUACACCAAGCAGAUCCUGGAAGGCCUCAAAUACCUGCACGAAAACCAGAUUGUGCACAGAGACAUCAAGGGUGAUAAUGUUCUGGUGAACACCUAUAGUGGAGUGGUGAAGAUCUCUGAUUUUGGCACCUCGAAACGUCUUGCAGGAGUGAAUCCGUGUACGGAGACUUUUGCUGGCACUCUGCAGUACAUGGCACCUGAGAUUAUCGAUCAAGGCCCUCGUGGGUAUGGCGCCCCGGCUGAUAUCUGGUCCCUGGGCUGCACCAUCAUUGAGAUGGCCACCGGCAAGCCUCCGUUCCAUGAGCUCGGUGAACCACAGGCAGUGAUGUUCAGGGUGGGGAUGUUUAAGAUCCACCCAGAGAUUCCGGAAACCCUCUCAGCUGAUGCCAGAGCCUUCCUUUUAUCCUGUUUUGAGCCUGACCCCCACAAACGUGCCACUGCCGUGGGCCUGCUCCAAGAGGGAUUCUUCAGGCAGGUGAACAAGGGCAAGAAGAACCGGAUUGCUUUCAAGCCAGCAGAGGGUCCCCGGGGCGCCGUGCUGACCCUGCCCCCGUCCGGGGAGCUGCCAGGCAGCAGCAGCAGUGAGCAUGGCUCCGUCUCCCCGGACUCCGACGCCCAGCCCGACGCGUUCUUCGAGAAGUCCCGGCUGCCGGUGCAGCGGCUCAGCCACCUGCUCAGUGUUCCGGAUGAGAGUUCGGCCUUGGAGGACCGGAGCGCAGCCUCGUCCCCGGAAGACAGGGACCCGGGCCUUUUCCUGCUGCGAAAGGACAGUGAGCGCCGCGCCAUCCUCUACAAAAUCCUCUGGGAGGAGCAGAAUCAGGUGGCUUCCAACCUGCAGGAGUGCGUGGCCCAGAGUUCAGAAGAGUUGCAUCUCUCAGUCGGCCACAUCAAGCAAAUAAUUGCGAUCCUGAGAGACUUCAUCCGCUGCCCAGAGCACAGGGUGAUGGCAUCCACAAUAUCAAAGCUCAAGGUGGACUUGGACUUUGACAGCUCAUCCAUCAGUCAGAUUCACCUGGUACUGUUUGGAUUUCAAGAUGCUGUAAAUAAAAUUUUGAGGAACCACUUAAUUAGGCCCCACUGGAUGUUUGCAAUGGACAACAUCAUCCGACGAGCAGUGCAGGCUGCGGUCACCAUCCUCAUCCCAGAGCUCCAAGCCCACUUUGAGCCUGCCUCAGAGACCGAAGGCGUGGAAAAGGACACGGAUGAGAUGGAAGAGGACUAUCCCCCGGCAGACCCGCCUGCAAGUGAGGCACAGGUGGCCCGUGGAUGGAGCGAGCUGGCUUCAGCAGUUGCCCAGGAGGCCCCACCCCAGCAGCAUCUGAGCUUUCAGCUGAGCAAACUGAGGCAGGAGACCAGCAGACUUUUGGAACACCUAGUUCAAAAAGAGAUAGAGUACCAGAAUCUUCUACGGCACAUCCUUGAACAGAAAACUCAAGAAUUACACCACCUUCGGUUACAAUUCACCUCCAACGAGAACUCAGUGUCCCCUCCUGGGUCUCAUGAGCAGCGAACAGAUAAAGAGCUUGUCGAUUGGUUGCAACUGCAAGGAGCAGAUACGAGAACAAUUGAAAAGGUAAGCUGAGAAUCAAACCAUUCAUAGGCUGUUAUUACAAAGCUGCUUAGCUCUUGAUGUAUGUGAUCUUUGUUUCAGAUUCUUGAAGAGGGUUACACACUGUCUGAUAUUCUUAAUGAUAUCACUAAGGAAGACCUAAGGUACCUUAGACUACGGUAAGAAUAGCCUCAAAACAUUUUGUGUAACAGAAAACGGCUUUUUUGGUGUGGAUAGGCUUUUACAUAAAAGCAGCAGAAAACAAAGUGCUGGUAACUUUCCCCCUUUCCCUUAGAAAACAAAAACUACCCAACCUCAUUCCAAACUCUGGAGUUUCCAAGGGUAAAGUUGGGGAAAAGCUGAGAGGGAGCAGAAACUAAAGGCCCAGUAGGCAAAGUCAACAAACAGACUGCCAGGCUGGGAGUGGAAUGAGGAAAGACAGGAGUUGACAGCAGGCUACACGCAAACCCUUUCAUUCUCCUCCACUGGUCAUCUUUAAUAGCCUACUUAGCACAGAUGCCCUGGCACCCCUGUACAUACCUCUAAGGCCACAUCCCACUUGUGCUGGGGUAGAAAUUUCACUUCCAUAUGUGAAGGGAACAUAUCCCCAUUUUAGUUUUUAAGUUAGAGACUGCAUUUUUAAGACUAGCCAGCAAAACUAGACAAGUCUAAAAGUACAUACUAUAGCUUUUGCCAUAAGGGCUUCUUAAAGAAGUAUUGUGUGGUACUGCUUUGAAGUUAUCUUUUCUUAUGACUCACUCUAAGGAAGACUUCUGUUUGUUCGUAGCGGUGGCCUUCUCUGCAGGCUCUGGACUGCAGUCUCCCAGUACAGAAGACGGACUCAGGGGGCCCCAGCAAACCAAGAUGAGGCUUAAUAAUCAGCCACGUGGGGGAUAGAGGGAAGCCAGAGCUGACAUCUUUGUUAAAGCUUCUGUUACAUACACACCAAUCUUGCUGUGAUUCCACAAGGAAAACACCACUGUUCAUUGAACAGAUUUAAGAACUUGAAGUUCUAAAGAAUUAUGGGAAAAU